AUGGGGUGCGUGCUCGGCCAAUAUAAUGAGUCAGGAAGAAAAGAAAGUGCGAUAUACUAUCUCAGCAAGAAGUUCACGGAAUGCAAAAUGAGAUAUUCGCCAAUUGAAAAUUUGUGUUGCGCCUUGGUAUGGACCACUCGGAGAUUGAGACAAUACAUGUUAUACCAUACGACUUGGUUAAUCUCGAAGUUGGACUCUCUGAAAUACAUGAUGGAGUCAACCGCUUUAAACGGAAGGAUGACCCAAUGGCAAAUUCUACUAUCUAAAUUUGACAUAGCCUAUGUAAAUCAAAAGGACGUAAAAGGGAGCGCAAUAGCAGAUUUUCUAGCUAGUAAAGCCCUGGAAGAUUAUGGACCUUUGAACUUCGAUUUCCCAAAUGAGGAUCUAAUGUUUGUGGCAACUGCUAAAGCAGAAACACAAGAAAGCGAUGCUUGGAAAUUAAACUUUGACGGAGCCUCAAAUGCUGUGGGUAACAGGAUCGAAGCGGUUUUGGUAUCCCCAAACGGAGAUUAUUAUCCAUCCACUAGCAAGUUAGAUUUUGAUUGCACAAAUAACAUGGCGAAGUACGAAGCGCGUAUUAUGGGUAUCCGUGCAGCUAUUGAACGUAAAAUCAAAGUACUAGAGUUGUACGGAGAUUCUACACUUGUAAUCUACCAACUCAAGGGCGAGUGGGAGACAAGAGACCCCAAGUUGAUAAAUUAUCAAAAGCUGGUUCUCGAAUUGAUUGAGGAAUUUGAUGACAUCACUGUCUGUUAUCUACCGCGAGAUGAGAAUCAGAUGGCCGACGCUUUGGCUACAUUGGCUUCCAUGAUUAAAAUAAAUACACAAGAGGAUGUGAAGCCUAUCCAAAUAAGCAUUUAUGAGGCUCCAGCCCAUUGUUGCAACAUUAAUGAGGAUGAAGAAAAAAACGAUCACCCUUGGUAUCAAGACAUAUUGCGAUAUGUGAGGAAUCGUGAAUACCUAGACCAAGCAACGGAGAAUGAUAAGAGAAUAUUGAGGAGGCUGACUAGUGACUAUGUCUUAGAUGGAGAGAUCCUGUAUAAAAGAGGAAAGGAUCAGGUGCUACUAAGAUGCGUAGAUGCUGUUGAAGCCAGACAAAUCUUGGAGGAAGUCCAUGAUGGUGUCUGUGGAAUGCAUGCCAAUGGCAAGACAGAUCAUGAGAUUCGGAUAUUAUUGGUCUACCAUGGAAGGAGACUGCAUCAAGUAUGCUAA